AUGUCGCAUCGAAACCAGCCUCGAGUCCUACGGGCCUGUGACUCAUGCACACAUUCAAAACAGCGCUGUGAUGGGCAGCAGCCGUGUCAGCGUUGUACAGAGCGUGAUGAAUAUUGUGACUACACAAAGACAGUCCGGAAACGUGGUCGUCGGCCUCGGUCGGAUUCUGUUCGCCUCCUACGAAGAGAACAGCGCUCAUCUACCAAGAAUGGAUCAUCACAAGCAUUAGCCGCCAGUCCUCCAGAUACUGUGGUAUCAAAAAACACAUCGUCGCCCGAUAAUCAACCUACUAUGAGCCCUAUAGAUUCUAAAGGGUGCAUGGCAGAUAUUUCUGGGACAGUUUUAGCUGAUCACCCCACAAGUUCGACCAGUGGCCAUGCUUUCAACCCUCCGAUAUCUCUUCAGCCUGAGGCAUUCAGUGGGCUUCCUCAAGAUCGUAUUGACAACAAUCCACUGGAAACAAAUCAAUUACCAAUUUCACCCACUUAUAUUUCACCCGCGCCGACUAGCCCGUUGCGUACAUUUCGUGAACGACCAUUGGAAAAUAUUUCCAAUAUCUCAACCAAUUCCCCUAUCAAACAAACAUAUCGCUGCUUGGACUUGGUUAUGCCUCACCUCCAGGGAAUACUGACAUUGCAAGAAGCCUCGGAGAUGCUGGGAAUAUUCUUCACCGAAGAUUCCAACCCUCUCUUCAAAUCCACAUCUCCUUAUAUGCUGGCGCAGGUCUUACAUCCGUCAACACUGCUUCAGGAUCCAAAGACCCGCCCUAUUUCUCCAGCUUUGAUUGCCGCUGUGCUAUUCUGUGUUACACAAACUGCCGACAUGAGAAUAUUUGACACCCCGAGUGCUCGAGAGCGGAAGAGCGUGGGACUAUACCGCCUAUCGCUGGAUCUCCUUCAGUCAGAAGAUCCAGACAAUUAUUUUCGUACCUCCGAUGGAUGGCAAUUUCAUUCUCAUCCUACAAGCAGGUCUCCAAAUAACACACAUCCCAUUCCGGAUGGCCAACCUUCCGGGAAAGCUCUUCUACCAAGGCAGCUGGGCUCAACAGAUAUCAUCCUGGCUGUUGCGAUUUUAACGUUGGCAAUUUCUGGUGGCCAUUACAAGGCGGACUCUCUCAAAUGGAAAGAAAAAUUAAUUCGACUAGUACGGGCUAGUGGACUUAGUAUGGAGGAUCAGGAUAUUGAUCUAGGGCCGGUAUUUUGUGGCCUCUACAAUGGCGAUGAUACUUACAGGCGAUGGCUCAUUUCCAAAGAAGAGAGGCGACGACUUUUCUGGCUAAUCUAUGCAAUGGAUCGCCACUUAGGAUUAUCUUUUAAUAUGCGCCUCGGUCUCCCAGAUAGCACAUUCCGUGUUCGCACUCCAUUACCGGAGCAUAUUUGGAAGUCACUUGACACAGCGGAUUUGACAUACAUUCCUACCUGUGCUCUUGGACCACCGACACAAAUCUCAGGAUGUGGUUUUUUCGAAUACUUCCUACCUUUGGCAUCGCUUUUAGGGCAUAUCAUCGAUUUGCAUCAUCAUCGCAACCACCCAGUCUUAGGCAAUUUUGUUCCUCAAAGUGCAGUGCAUCAAAUUGAAACUAUGAUCUCUUUGCGAGAGCAGGAGCUCGAAAUGUUAAUAGAACAAGGCCAGAGAGUCUACUCGGGCGGCUCCACCACUCAUGAAUUUGCCCAACGUGAUGCCGAACCGUCAAUGACAGAGACAUUUCCAUCUCCCAAAGCAGCUACCCUUUCACAGUCCAAUGUAAAAUUGGUUCAUGUAUAUAGCACUUACCUGCUCCAUGUGUUCCACAUCCUACUUCAUGGGAAAUGGGAUCCGAUCUCAAUGAUUGAGGACAAGGACGACUGGAUCACGUCGGAAUCUUUCCUGAUAUGUGCCUCGCAUGCACUAAGUGCCACUGGGGUAAUGUCACAGAUUCUGUCUCUGGAUCCAGAAAUGCUGUUUAUGCCAUAUCUAUUUGGUAUCUAUCUUCUCCAAGGCAGCUUUAUCUUACUGCUUUUUGUUGAUCGCAUGCCGGAACUUGGACCCAACCGAUCGGUAGAAGAAGUCUGUGAAACCAUCAUUCGCGCCCAUGAAAAAAACUUUCGGAAAGUUUUCCGAUCAAUGCUCUAUGAUGCACAGCAGGCCGGUCCUCAUUCAUGGGAUGAACACAAGGCUCGACGGAGAGAGCUUUUGUCUCUUUAUCGCUGGACCCCAUUGGCUCAUGGCCUCGCCUAUUGA